AUGUGUUGCAAUGGAGGAAAAGUCUCUUUGCCUCAAGUAAAUGCUCCUCAGGAAUUACUAAACAUCUUCUUAGACCCUUCUGCAGAAGGGAACCAUUUCAGGAAACACAUUCGUGGUUACAAUCAUGUUUUUUCAUUCACUUCGUGUGGUGUACACAUAGACGAACAAUUAGCUUCAGCAAAUCAUGAUAUAUAUACAUUCCGUGCUCAAGGAUCAAUGUACCACAGUAUAGGAGGAUUUUAUCCGGAUCAAGGGACGCGGCCACGCUUCUUGCAACUAUAUAUAUACGAUACCGAUCAAGAGUUACAAAAUAGGACGCUGGAGAACACACAACUGCAUGAAAGUUUAGUUUUGAAGCUACAACAAUUGUUGCACCGAUAUAAUCCUUUUAUCCAUGUAGUCCACCAGCUUGCACAACGACUAGAUGUGCAAGAGUGUAGUUUGGUGAUCAGAGAGCGACCUGCUAAUCAACCACAAUACAGUCUCCCAACUGCUUUACAAGUAGCAGCCAUAAUAGUCGGUGAUGAUAUUGAAACAAUAGUGCGCGGACGAGAUAUCAAGGUUCAAACUCAUACUGGUAACCUCAGAAGGAUUCAAGAGUUUGUUGGGUAUUACGAUCCACUACAAUAUCCUCUUCUUUUUCCAUUUGGAACCCAUGGAUGGGAUAUAAAUACUCGAACUCAACGUGGAAACAAAGUAUCAUGCCGGACAUAUUAUAGCUAUAUGCUCCAGAUCCACCCCAAUGAUCACUCAACAGUUUUGCAAGCGGGGCGACUUUUUCAACAAUAUGUUGUUGACAACUAUGUGAAAAUGGAAACAGGCAAGUUAAGAUGGGUUCGACAAAGACAAAAGGAACUUCGAGCUGAACUGUAUCAAGGUUUACAAGAUGCUUUGCACACAGAAGAGAAUAAUGCUGAAAAUGUUAGCAGAAGAACGAUAUUACCAUCAUCGUUCAUGGGAAGUCAUCGAGAGAUGACUCAACGGUACGAGGAUGGCAUGGCUAUUGUUCUUAAAGAAGGCAAACCGGAUAUUUUUCUAAUUAUGACAUGCAAUCCAUCAUGGUCAGAAAUAGCUUCAGAACUCAGUCCUACUCAAACUCCACAAGAUCGUCCGGAUCUAACAACUAGAAUUUUCAGAGCCAAGUUUGAACAAUUAAAGCAGGAUGUUAUUACCAAAGGUGUAUUGGGAAAGGUAAAAAGUUAUAUUUAUGUCACCGAGUUUCAGAAAAGAGGAUUGCCACACGUACAUAUGUUACUAAUCUUAGAAAACAAUGACGAGUUGAGUGAUCUUGACCAAUAUGAUAGUUUGGUCCGAGCGAAAAUACCAUGUAAAGAAACAAAACCACACUUACAUGAGGCAGUGCUAAGGCAUAUGAUCCAUGGUCCUUGCGGAACACUAAAUCAAUCUUCACCGUGCAUGAAGAACGGUCAAUGUAAAUGCAACUACUCAAAAGAGUUCAUACCAGAGACACGACGAGGUGAUGACUCAUACCCUCAAUAUAGGAGGCGAUUCGAUGCUCCAAUCCCUUUCAACCAAAAUGUCACAAUUGACAAUAGAUGGGUGGUUCCGUACAACUCUUGGCUACUACUGAAGUAUAAUUGUCAUAUCAAUGUAGAGAUAUGUAGCAAUAUCAAGAGCAUAAAAUAUCUAUACAAGUAUUGCUAUAAGGGACCAGACCGUGUGGCAAUGGAGGUUCACAGAAGUUCUCAUUAUGAUAAGGUGCAAUAG